CCUGUCCGAAAGCCAACGAGUAGCGGCACGCAAGGCCUUUGGGAAAAAAGCAGCCAAAGCGUCCUGCCGUGCGACGCGGCGCUCUCUGUCUGCAUACGUUAUUGCGAUUCGUCGGCUCGGCUUCACGCAAUUUCUCUUUUGAUAGUCGGUGCCGCUCGGACGCGUUCUCCGCGGGAGGGUGCGUAUCUCCGCAGCUUUACUCGCGCCCUUGUUGACUUUGUGAAAGUGUGGCGGCGCAAUUCAACCGGGAUCGUCGCGGCGGGUGACAAGAAGAACAGGAACACUGAGCCGAGAUAGCCGUUAUCGCCGCAAGGCCGGUGCGGACGCCAACCGGACAAUGGAUUCCAUAUCGGUGUGGUAAUACACCAGAAGAUGGAAAGCUAAAUAGUAGCCGGCGCUGGGCAUAUAUUACGGCUUCGGUGAGAUCUGGGCAACGGCAGUACGGCGCGUUCCGGGCAAUCGGUGAUUGAAGACAACUCAAGUACAGGCAGCUUCAGCAUGCGGAACAAGUGGGAACUUCAGGAGCUUCCACCUCCCUACCAGGAAAAGACAAGCGAAAACGGACUCGUUCUCGGGUUGCAUUCAACGGCCGCAGAUGUGGAGGCCGCGCCGGACGCCGUGCCCGGCCGCAAACAAUGGAACAAAGGCAUGCAGUUUUUCCUCUCCUGCCUGUCCAUUUCCAUCGGCUUGGGCAACGUCUGGAGGUUCCCGACGCUGGCCUAUCAGAAUGGAGGAGGCGCCUUUUUGAUACCUUACUUCAUCGUCUUGUUCCUAAUCGGCAAGCCUGUUUACUUCAUGGAGCUCGCCAUCGGCCAAUUCGUGGGGAAAAGUCACGUCAAAGUCUGGAAGUGCGUACCGGGGCUUAAAGGCAUCGGUGUUGCGCAGCUGUUCUCCACGUUCUACGUCACCGUGUCGUACAACUACAUCAUGGCCCUGUGCCUCUUCUAUCUGUUCGCGUCCUUCCAAAGUUACUUGCCCUGGUCUCGGUGCGACGGCGACUGGAGCGACGCCACGUGCGUGGACUCAUUCAGGGACUUAAGGAACAUGUCGAACAUCACGAAUGCAGCGUCUGCUCCGGAGCAAUAUUUUCAGAAGUACGUGCUUCGUGACUCUGGGGGAUUUACUCUGCCUUCAACGCUGGACUGGCGUAUGGCGUUGUGCUUUCUUCUAGCCUGGAUCUGCGAGGCACUGUCCACGUACAAGGGCAUUCGUUCGGUUGGCAAGGUGGUGUACCUGACGUCUACGAUGCCGUACGUGGUGAUGGUCUCGCUGCUAAUCAUCACGUGCCUGCAGGACGGAGCCUUCAACGGCAUCAAGGCCUUCUUCGUUCCGCACUGGGAAAAGAUCUGGGAGAUCGAGGUAUGGUUCAAGGCCUGUGAGCAGUCGUUUUUCUCGCUGACGACGGCGUUCGGCCAUCUCAUUAUGUACGCCAGCUACAACGACUUCAGGCACCAAGUGGGAAGAGAUGCCUUCUUCAUCAGCAUUGCUGACACCAUGACGAGCAUCUUGGCAGGCUGCGUUGUGUUCGCCACGUUGGGAUCACUUGCUCACGACCUCAACACUGAUGACAUCUCGCAGGUGCUGAAAGGUGAAUCCGAUCUGGGCCUGGCCUUCGUCACGUACCCUGAAGCACUGAGCAGAAUCUCCUUCGUGCCUCAGCUCUGGUCCGUCCUGUUCUUCCUAAUGCUGUUCCUACUUGGGCUCGGCACGGGCGUCGGCGACGUCCAGGCUGUAACCACAGUCCUCACCGACCAGUUUCCCGCGCUCACGAAGUGGAGGAGUCACAUCGCGGUCUUCUUCUGCGCCGUCUGCUUCGGCACGGGUCUCAUUCUGUGCACCGACAGCGGAAAUGCGAUGCGCCUGCUGUUUGACAAUUACGGCGUCGGUCAGGCCGUGUUUCUCUACGCUAUAUUUGAAGUCGUUGGCCUCAUGUGGAUUUACGGUAUCAGAAACGUCAUCAGGGACUUCGAGUUUAUGCUCAACACAAAGAUUUCGUGGUUCUGGAAAGUCACUUGGGGAUUCAUCACGCCCGUGUCUCUUAUCGCCAUCUUCAUCUACGGCAACGCCACCGAGGGAGGCGCUUCUAGUCUGCCACCGCUUGGACAGACCAUAGGCUGGAUCAUGGCUGCUAUCGCCAUCGGCCAAGUGCCGUUGUGGAUGGCCAUCACCUUUGCCAGAGCCCCUGGAACCACCAUUUACCAGAAACUGAAGGCAACGUUCUCGCCCUCCGAGAACUACGGUCCACGCGAUCCCAUGGUUCGCAGUGCAUGGAACGCAUGGAAGCAGCAGCAGCUGAAAGCAAGAACAGGACGGUUCGCAGCGCCCUCACAAGCGCCCUACGUCAUAAACGGUCAAGUCAACCCGACCUUCACCCCUGACGCGAGCGGUUAACCACCAUUCAUUCUCAUCAAAACUUUCGAGCACAGGGUUUACCAAUGUUCUGAUUUUACUUGCCGCAUGUGCUGGCACAUUGACGACGGCCCCGCUGCCUGUUACAGAAAUAAACGACACCACUUCGGCACACAACGUAGGCCAAUCCGAUGCCAACAUGUCGCUUGCUCUCGGCGUUUGAUACGUGUCACCAUCGGGACUCGAACAACAAGCACUUCCGUCGCACUGUCCAGAGGGCAUGAUCCGCACGAAGUUUACUUCAUGACGAUGCGUGAUUGUUCCUGUUAUGCAUUCUAUCUAGAAGGAAUGUUCCAGCCUCAAGCGGAUGGUGUCGAAACAGGAGGAAGAAGUGCAGUGGCGGCUUGACUGCAGAAGCAAAGUCUCAUCUGUUGGGCUUACAGGAUUGGCUAACUGUCCAUGGCGGAGAACACGGGCGUCGACUUGUGACGAUAUCGAAGUGAUAAGUAGUGUGCUGAGAUGUUGGUACUGUGUUUGCUGUUUAAGCGACAGUAGUGAUUGCAACGGAUAUCUGUGAUAAAAACUACGUGGCGAAUGGUCGCCACGGAACAGUGAUUUUAUUGACUUAUAGUGCCGUGAUGACGUCGAUACGCCAUUCAUUCUCAAAUAUCGGAAAGCACCAAUAAACUGUUUUACAUCGUA